GGUCUGCAGGAGGUUCUGGAGGAACAUAAGAUCAGUCUGAGGAGGAGAUGUGAACGUGUGACUGAAGGAAGUGAUGAACCAGGAAGUAGAACCCUCCUCAACAGGAUCUACACUGAUCUCUACAUCACAGAGGGACAGAGUGAAGAGGUUAAUAGCCAACAUGAGGUGAAGCAGCUGGAGAGAGCUUCCAGGAUCCAGAACCUCCAUGACUCUCCAAUCAGGUGCCACGACAUCUUUAAAGCCUCACCUGACCAACAUGGAGCCAUCAGAGUGGUUCUGACCAACGGCGUGGCUGGUGUUGGAAAAACCUUCUCAGUGCAGAAGUUCACUCUGGACUGGGCCGAGGGCUUGGAGAACCAAGAUGUCCGUGUGGUGGUUCUGCUGUCGUUCAGGGAGCUGAACCUGAUCAGAGGUGAGCAGCACAGUCUUCUCACGCUGCUCCAUGUUUUCCAUCCAACCCUCCAGAAGCUCCCAGCAGAGCAGCUGGCUCGCCACAAACUUCUCUUCAUCUUUGACGGCCUGGAUGAAAGCAGACUUUCUCUGGACUUCAGCCACAGUCGGCUGGUUUCUGACGUCACACAGAAGUCAUCAGUCGACGUUCUGCUGACAAACCUCAUCAAGGGGAACCUGCUUCCCUCGGCUCUGGUCUGGAUCACCUCCAGACCUGCAGCGGCCAAUCAGAUCCCUCCUUCAUGUGUUGCCAGGGUAACAGAGGUACGAGGCUUCAGCGACGCCCAGAAGGAGGAGUACUUCAGGAGGAGGUUCAGUGAUGAAGAGCUGUCCAGCAGAAUCAUCUCCCACAUCAAGACCUCCAGGAGCCUCCACAUCAUGUGUGGAAUCCCAGUCUUCUGCUGGAUCACUGCUACGGUUCUGGAGAACAUGUUGACCACAGAGCAGAGAGGAGAGCUGCCCAAGACCAUGACUGACAUGUACUCUCACUUCCUGCUGGUCCAGACCAGGAGGAAGAAGAACAAGUACCAUGGAGGACAUGGGAGGAGUCCACAGGAGCUGAUGGAGGCUGACAGGGAAGUUCUCCUGAAGCUGGGGAGGCUGGCGUUGGAACAUCUGGAGAAAGGAAACAUCAUGUUCUACCAAGAAGACCUGCAGCAGUGUGGUCUGGAUGUCACAGAGGCCUCGGUGUACUCAGGAGUUUGUACAGAGAUCUUCAAGAGAGAGAGCGUGAUCUUCCAGAAAGCAGUCUACUGCUUUGUUCAUCUGAGCAUUCAGGAGUUUCUGGCUGCAGUCUACAUGUUCCACUGCUUCACCAGCAGGAACACACAGGUGGUGGAGAACUUCCUGGGAUAUAAAUACAGUGAAACAUCUCUGGAUGAAUUCCUGAAGAGAAUCAUGUAUAAAUCCCUCAGAAGUGAAAAUGGCCACCUGGACCUGUUUGCUCGCUUCCUUCAUGGCCUCUCUGUGGAGUCCAACCAGAGACUCUUAGGAGGCCUGCUGGGUCAGACAGAGAACAGUCCAGGAACCAUCCAGAGAGUCAUCAUCAACCUGAAGGAGAUGAACACUGGUGAUGACAGUGAUGGUGAAGGUGAUGAUUAUAGAAUCUCUCCUGAGAGAAGCAUCAACAUCUUCCACUGUCUGAUGGAGAUGAAGGACCUCUCAGUUUAUCAGGAGAUCCAACAGUUCCUGAAAUCAGAGAACAGAUCAGAGGAGCUCUCAGAGUAUCAGUGCUCAGCUCUGGCCUACAUGCUGCAGAUGUCAGAGGAGGUUCUGGAUGAGUUGGACCUGGAGAAGUACAACACAUCAGGAGCAGGACGACGGAGACUGGUUCCAGCUGUGAGGAACUGCAGAAAGGCUCGAUUGCAGGUCUGCAGUUUGUCAGAGAUCAGCUGGGCGUCUCUGUUCUCUGCCCUGAAGUCCAACCCGUCCCAUCUGACAGAACUGGACCUGAGCCUCAACGACCUGAAAGAUGGUGUAGUGAAGGAGCUCUGUGGUUUCCUCCAGACUCCCCUCUGCAAACUACAGAAACUGAGAUUGGAGGACUGCAGUUUGUCAGAGAUCAGCUGUAAACAUCUGGUCUCUGCCCUGAAGUCCAACCCGUCCCAUCUGCCAGAACUGGACCUGAGUAACAACAACAACCUGAAAGAUGGUGGAGUGAAGGAGCUCUGUGGUUUCCUCCAGACUCCCCUCUGCAAACUACAGACACUGAGAUUGCAGCGCUGCAGUUUGUCACAGAUCAGCUGUGAACAUCUGGGUUCUGCCCUGAAGUCCAACCCGUCCCAUCUGACAGAACUGGACCUGAGUGACAACAAAGACCUGAAAGAUGGUGGAGUGAAGGAGCUCUGUGGUUUCCUCCAGACUCCCCUCUGCAAACUACAGAAACUGAGAUUGGAGGACUGCAGUUUGUCAGUGAUUAGCUGUGAACAUCUGGGUUCUGCCCUGAAGUCCAACCCGUCCCAUCUGACAGAACUGGACCUGAGCUACAACAAAGACCUGAAAGAUGGUGGAGUGAAGGAGCUCUGUGGUUUCCUCCAGACUCCCCUCUGCAAACUACAGACACUGAUAUUGCAGCGCUGCAGGUUGUCAGAGAUCAGCUGUGAACAUCUGGUCUCUGCCCUGAAGUCCAACCCGUCCCAUCUGACAGAACUGGACCUGAGCUACAACAAAGACCUGAAAGAUGGUGGAGUGAAGGAGCUCUGUGGUUUCCUCCAGACUCCCCUCUGCAAACUACAGACACUGAGAUUGUAUAAAUGCAGGUUGUCAGAGAUCAGCUGUAAACAUCUGGGUUCUGCCCUGAAGUCCAACCCGUCCCAUCUGACAGAACUGGACCUGAGCUCCAACAACCUGAAAGAUGGUGGAGUGAAGGAGCUCUGUGGUUUCCUCCAGACUCCCCUCUGCAAACUACAGACACUGAGCUUGUAUAAAUGCAGUUUGUCAAAGAUCAGCUGUGAUCAUCUGGUAACGGCGCUGAAGUCCAACCCGUCCCAUCUGACAGAACUGGACCUGAGAUACAACAACCUGAAGGAGUCAGAUGUUCAGCAGCUGCAGGAUCUUGUAAAGAGUCCAGACUACAAACUGAAAACUCUGUUAGUUGAUGGUGCAGCUGAAGCUUCGACAGAGCAAACUUGGAAGCGGUUAAGCGGCAUUGAGGGUGUCACUGAUCCAAGAUACAGAAUAAAAGAAGAGGAUGCAAACAGGACAAACAGAGAGGCUCCAUCAAGCUUCACACCAGAGGUGGAAACUCAGCAUCCGCAGGUUUCAUACAGGUUCCGGUGUCCUGGUCCAGGUGUGUUCCAGUGCACUUUGACUGACCUGGUGUUUGUUAUGACUCGGGAGGCUGACCUGCAGUAUGGGACCAUCCAAUGGGAGGAGCGCCUCCUUCAACCAGUGGGCAAGAUCCCUGCAGGGCCGCUGUACAACAUCACAUGUUCUAAUGGGGCAGUCUGCCAGAUCCACUUCCCACACUGUGAAAUACAAAAUGUGCUGUCCAUCGAUGGCCUGCUGUCUGUCGUUCACAUUUCCACUGAUGAUGGACUGAGCUUCUUGGAGCCGCUGAAGAUCACUGACACUCAUGUUAUUGUGGAGGUCUCUGAUCUUUCACCUUUUGGUCUGGUUUGGGACUUCGUGAAGAGGUUUAAAAAGAGAAAAGAUCCCGUGGCAAGCCAUGUCCUGUUGUAUCACUGUCCACCGAAGCCUACAGCACAGAACCAAAAGCUCUAUGUGUUUCUGCUGCCCAGGAACAUCUCAAAAGAUCAGGUUGAGACAGACUAUAAAGACUGUAAGUAUCUCCGGGGCACUUCCAAUUGCAAACUCAUCAAAGACCAGAGAUACAUCCUUUCAUGCCCAGGAGCUCCACAAGGCUGUAAAAUCCUACCUGAGGGGGCGGCAGAGUUCGACUUAUACUUUGGAAAUCAAUACAACCCAACAUUUGAGAUCCGUGUUCCUACCAGCACAGAAAAAGUGCCAAUAAUAAUUAAAGAAGAAACAGAUGUGGAAGUCUGGAAGUAUGACGCUGAACUGGAAAAGGAUCCAAAUGAGGUUCCACCAAGUGUAAAAGUCCAGUCAGAGAGCUUCACUCUAAAGGAAAACAUCCUGACAAUCCUGGAAGAGUUGAGCAAGGAAGAAUUUAAAAACUUUAAAUGGUAUUUGAUGCAACUGCCUAACAAGUGCCUCACAAAAGAGCAAGAAGAGACUGGUUCAAGAGAGGAUGUGGUGGAUCGCUUGGUGCAGCAUCAUGGCUCAGAAGAAGCUGUGCAAGUCAUGAAGACAACAUUACAGAAAAUGGGCAGGAAUGACCUUGUGAACAGUUUAUAAAAACUGAGAACUGGAAAAAGGAGCUAAGAGUUUAUUAUGCGUUCAUUUGUUUCUGUAAUUUCAAUCGUUCUGUUUUAGCUGUUCUAUCUGCAAGAGGUUAGUUUCAAGCUAAAAAGCUUAAACCUUUCAACUUCAAAUAUCAAUCAUUGAAUAGCUGAAAGCUAAGAUGACAGAAAGUUGAAACUCUGUUUUUGAUUUCAUAAGUGAAAUUGUCAUGAUGCAGCCUGUGAGCUGCAUUCUUAGCAGUUCCUGCCUCCUCCUUGCAGCUCUGAUUGGGAGCACCUGUCUGGCUGCAAUCUUCUCUUGGCUGGUUCCACCUGUUCACACCCCUUCUUAAGCUUACCUCAGUUUGCUCUUCGCUGCCGGGUCGUCUGCUGUCUCCACCUGCAGUCUCCGCUCACACCACACCACACCCCACCACACCACACCCCACCACACCACGCCACGUCACGUCACGCCUGUCUUGUCUAGUCCAGUACUCUGCCUUGCUGUUGGAACUCCUGUUACCUCAGUGCUUCACUUCUCUGGUUUCCUCCACUCAGCCUGCUCCUGCAACUCAGCAACUCCAGCCCGGUAACUGAUUCUGGUUUCGCCUUCUUUGCAAUAAACUCUCAAGACCAGACAGUGCCGGCCCGAGCCUCUUGGGGGCCCUAAGCAGAAUUUGAUUUGGGGGGCUCCCCUCCCACCACGCAGGAUCACCUAUGCUAGAAGAUUAUUGACACAAACGUCACGCUAUCAUGUUAUAGCGAAUAUUCAAAACGAAUACAGUGAGGUUAUGUAUCAAUACAAAAUAAAUAAACGAUAUACUUCACUCUUUUAUUAAAUCUUCUGAAUACAAACUGUCACAAAACUGAUACUGACGUGAUUCUGUUGUGACAUUUGACAACUUUGUAGAAUAGUUCACAAAUAUUUAUUACGGCUGAAAAUCUGCUGUACAUUUUAUUCUCACAUUUUUGUUAAAUUUAGUUGCACUAAACAGUUACAGUAAAAACUGUAAACUCAAUCAUUUUUAGACUUUUGUCUAGGAGAUACAAAGUAGACAUGGAUCCUCAGAUCCAGUUACAGAAAAGUUUGAAUAUUACAAAUUAUCUACACAGCCAGAAAUCUGCUGUGAUUUCAAGUUUCUGUAAUUUCAAUACGUCCUUUCCUACCAGCUGUUUAUGAAUAUCUUGAAACAUAAACGUUGAAUUUCUUUCACCAAAGUUCAUUCAUACAAGUAAGCUUGUACCACCAACUAUGACAGGAAGCCUACAGGCUCCUUUUCCAACGUCCUUCCUUACCGACUGCAGUGUUCAGACAGCAUUUAUGGCAACCAGUGAGCCACGCCCACUUUGGCUAAAGAAUCUUUACCCAAAAGACUUUUUCUAAUGCAGCCGCUGCCUCUUUGUGGAACAUAAUGGGACGAUAAAAAUCAGCAAAGAUUUUAGGAGGAGAAUUGUAGACUUUCACAAAUCUGGUUCAUCCUUGGUGCAAUUUCUAAAUACAUGAAGGUGCCACAUUCAUCUGUUCAAACAAUUAUACACAAGUAUAAACACCAUGGGACUGUCUAGCCAUCAUAAUACCGCUCAGGAAGGAGACCGGUUUUGUGUCCCAGAGAAAAAUGUGCUUUGGUAUGAAAUGUGCACACCAACCUAAGAACAAAAGCAGAAGACCUUGUGAAGAAUCUGGCUGAAGCUGUUAAGAGUGUCUUAUUAUUUACACUGAAACAAGUUCUGUCAUGCGCUGAAAGGCUACUCUGACAAAAAGAAG